GAAGAAACCUUUCCUCUUUUACUUCGACAUCGUCAAGUGCGCCAGCCCGCUGGUGCUGCUGGAGUUCCAGUGCCCGACCACACAGGUACCGAUCCCAGGGUGCCGCACCGGGAAUCUCCUCGGGAAAGCUCCGCUUCGCGGCGUCCCCGCGGAGGGGGCUCGGUCCUUCACCCCCCACCGUUCUCCCGUCAAGGUGCUGAAGGACAGGGAGUGCCCGGCCAUGAUUAUCCCCAGCACCCCACUGGCGCGGCGAUGCUUCCCGGCCAUCCAGGCUAAGAAGGGCGUCAUCAUGGUCGGCAACGAAACCACCUACGAAGAUGGCCACGGGCAACGGAGGAACGUCACCGAGCUGCUGGAAGGGGCCAAAAAAGCAAACGUGGUGCUGGAAACCAGGCAGCUGGCCAUGAAGAUCUUUGAAGAUUACACGGUCUCCUGGUACUGGAUAAUAAUAGGCCUCGUGAUCGCGAUGGUGGCCAGCUUAAUCUUCAUCGUCCUCCUCCGCUUCCUGGCCGGGAUCAUGGUCUGGGUGAUGAUCGUGAUGGUGAUCCUGGUGCUGGGCUACGGAAUCUUCCACUGUUACAUGGAAUACGCGAAGCUAAAAGGGGAGGAGGGUUCCGACGUCUCCCUGAAGGACCUGGGCUUUCAGACUGACCUACGCGUCUACCUCCACCUGCGGCAGACGUGGCUGGCGUUCAUGAUCAUCCUGUGCAUCGUGGAGGUGGUGAUCAUCCUGCUGCUCAUCUUCCUCCGCAAGAGGAUCCUCAUUGCCAUCGCGCUCAUCAAGGAGGCCAGCAGGGCCAUCGGCCACAUCAUGAUGUCACUGCUGUUCCCCUUGUGCACCUUCUUCCUGCUGUGCCUCUGCAUCGCCUACUGGGCCAGCACCGCCGUCUUCCUCUCCACCUCCAACGAGGCAGUCUACAAGGUGUUUAACGAGUCUGCCUGCCCGUUUUCCGGGCAGACCUGCAACCCGGAGACCUUCAACACGACCAACGUCACCAAGCUGUGCUCCGACGCCCAGUGCCUCUUCGCGUUCUACGGGGGCGAGACGGCGUACCACAAGUACCUCAUCGCCCUCCAGUUCUUCAACAUCUUCAUGUUCUUCUGGCUCGCCAACUUUGUGAUCGCGCUGGGCCAGGUGACGCUGGCGGGGGCCUUCGCCUCCUACUACUGGGCCUUCAAGAAACCUGACGACAUGCCCGCCUUCCCCCUCUUCUCCGCCUUCAGCCGGGCGCUCCGGUACCACACCGGCUCGCUCGCCUUCGGCUCUCUGAUCCUCGCCAUCGUCCAAGUCAUCAGGGUCAUUCUGGAGUAUCUGGACCACAGGUUAAAAGCUGCAGAUAAUAAGUUUGCCAAGUUCCUCCUGAGCUGCUUGAAGUGCUGCUUCUGGUGCCUGGAGAAGUUCAUCAAGUUCCUCAACAGAAACGCCUACAUCAUGAUCGCCAUCUACGGGCGGGGAGCGGCUGCGGAUGCUCAUCUCGCUCUUCUUUCCAGGGUGGCCGUUUUAGAUAAAGUCACGGAUUUCCUCUUCUUCCUCGGCAAACUCCUCAUCGUGGGCAGCGUCGGAAUCCUUGCCUUCUUCUUCUUCACCCAUCGGAUAAAGCUGGUCGAAGACACGGCGCCGCCCCUGAAUUACUACUGGGUCCCUAUUCUGACGGUGAUCGUGGGCUCCUACCUCAUCGCCCACGGGUUCUUCAGCGUCUACGGCAUGUGUGUGGACACCCUGUUCCUCUGCUUCUGUGAAGAUCUGGAGAGGAACGAUGGAUCUCCCGAGAGGCCUUACUACAUGUCCCCUGAGCUGAGCGAGAUCCUACCAAAAAUAAUCAAGAGUUUAAAAAAAGCCAGCCUGGGCGGCAGCGGCCAGCUCCCCCGUCGCACAGCCGGAGCGCCCCGUCUCUGCGUCGUGCCCUUUUAG